GCCGCUGUUCAGCCUCUUCAUCGCCCUGACAACAAACAGACGCCAUCAGUCGCAAACACUAACCAAGCCAGCUGCAGCUCCCACAAUGCACCUGGCCAGGUCACUGCACACUACAGUUCUCCAAACCCUCCGAGUGAGAAGCCUCCUGAUCUGUAUGUAACUCACGUUUUGUUUUCCUCUUCCUGUUCAGUCCUGACUUUGAGCGAUUGUACAGUUCCAUGGGUUUGGUUUGUUCUCCAGACCAUAAGCUCCAAGUCUUUAAAACCAGCAGUGUAGUGCAGAGUGUUUAGAAGAGGUCAAACGAAAAUGGUCUGUUAGGGUGAAAUGACUGGUGGAAAAAACUAAAAAAUCAUGUCCUGAUGUAGAUAAACUACAUUCAACAAACAACUUCAGUACCAGAACCAGAACCAGAACCUCAGAGGGUUCAGCACCAGGUCCAAGUCCUUCAGGUUCUUAACCGGAAAGUUCAGUCUAUGCAAACACUUUGAGUAAAUACCACUUUAAAGAUCCGUUUUAUUGCAUUAAACAUUCUGAGUAUAUGAAGAGUAUAUGAGACAGUCACUGUCAUGUUUUCACGUUUAACCAGUUCUAGCUCAGGCCACAGUGUCGCCCUGUUGUGACUGAAGUCUGUGCUUGUUGCUGACGGCUUCAGAAAAAGGUCUUUGCACUUUGCUCCUUGGGGACAAUACGACUGCAUUCUUCUGUUUUUAGCAAAUUUGGACGCUUUUAAAGGACAUUUGGCUGCUGUAAAGAGGAUAUCAUUUCUGCCUGAAUGAGGUGAGUUGUUUUCUCUUUUCAAGGAUUAGAAACUGCUGGAACAGUUCUAGUUUGAAAUGUGUAUAUUUGAAUGUGUGUAAAUUUGAGGAUGACUUAGGUCAAUUUUGAGCGUUGGACAAUUGCAAUUGUACUUGUGUGUUUUCUACGUGUAAAAUUCAAAUUACUCGAUGUAGUUUUGAAAAAAAAUUCACUUUUGUCCACUUUUAACAUUAGCCUCAUUUGCCCUACUAUUUUUGUUUAAAGCCAUAUUAAAAUGCUUUGGAAAUGCAAGUACUGCCCUGCCAUCUGUGAGAAGAGAGCACAGCUUUUUAAACAUCAUAGGCACCAAGAACGUAUGUGCACAUUCAAGUCUCUCAAUGCACUCCAUUUAUUCUGCCGUCAACCACAAAGACUCUCAAAUGAAGUUUCGCUGUUUGUCAUGUGAAUGUCUUGAACCCUGCACUGAAACUGAACCUUUGUUCAUCUGCGGAGUACACUGUAAAAAUGAAAACUUAAAUUUGUUGGCCUUACCACAUCUUUUCAGCAAACUCAACAAAAAUCAUUUAAUUGUGUUGUAAACUAAUAAAAAUAUUUAUUUCUAUCUUUUUCAAGUUUGUUGGCUAAAGUUGGUCCAACUUAAUAACUUGAGUUAGCGAAUUUGAGGUCAGGACCAGUCCUGUUUGUUGGUUAAGUGUGAAGGACUGGAUCUCCAAUGCUUAUCUGCAGGGAUUUCAUAACGACACUGCUUCCGUAUGCUGCCGCCGUCUCUUCGUCGUGGACACUUUUUACUCUCGAGGACACUGAUGCAGAAGACAGGCAGACAAAGGGAUCCAGAUGGAGCGCUCACCUUGUCUGUGGAUGAUGGUGUCAACAACAUUCCAGUGGUGUUGGAGAAGGAUAAUGUGCUCAAAGACCUUCCCACUGUCUUUGCUUCCAAGCUGACAUCGGGCGAGAGGCGGAGUCCACCCUGGACAGGUGUCCAGUCUGUCUCAGGGCAAACACAGAGACAAACAACCAUCCACACUGAGUCACCAAUCAGCCUAACGACAGGUCUUUGGAGGUGGGAGGAAACCGGAGAACCUGGAGAAAACUCACACGGAUGCAGGGAGAACAUGCAAAGUCCACCCAGAAAGGCCCGAGCUGGACUCGAACCCGGACCUUCUCGCUGGGAGGCGCACUAAGGUACACAUGAGGUAUACGUUUGAAACAGUGCAGCACAUCUUCAUGGAACUUUCCUCCUCUUCCUCACAGCGUGUGCAGAGUAACUUGUAGUAACUGCAAAUACCUUUUGUAUUUGUUGUUCACUCCAUUAAAAAUAUUAACAUUUGAAAAAAGCAAUUAUUGAGGCAAGUUCACUUAAACUACCAUUUAUAAGUAAUGUUUAACAUAGUGUUACGGAGUUCACGAUUGUAGUUUCAGUGCUUUGAACUGUGCUGUAGUUUGGACUGUUUCAUGUUUGCUCAAACCAGGAUGUUGUGAGGAUCAGUCUGCAUAUUUCUGUUUGUGUGCAGUGUACUUGCAUCUGUUAGAAGAGAGAGGUUUCAUCCUCCUGCAUUAUUUUUUAAAUAAACAUGUUUUACUGAACUAUUUGUCUCUUGUUUUACUGAGCUAGUAUAGAAAUUAAUUGACACAACUGUCAUUGUUAGGACGUUUUGUCGGUAGAACCCAAAAUUUCAAAUAUUGAUUGAUAAAAAAAGAAAUAUUGUCAUAACAGAACAGUUUUAGUUGCCAUAACUGAGCAUUUUAUGCAUAACUCAAAAUGUUUAGUUUUGAUACAUCUGAAAGGUAACUGACCUGAACCAAAAGUGAUUAGUUGGGAAAGCUGAUAUUUGUUUGUAAAACUCAAAAUUUAAAGUUUAAAGUUAGUUUAAAGAAUUUAAAGUAAUUAAAUUCUCAACAAAGAAUAAUGUGUUGGCUUAACUUCAAGUAGUUUUCUUCAAUAAUAAAUAAAGAUAAUAAAGAAAACUAAAACUUGAGAGUUUUAGUUGUGGCUCAAAAUGCAACAAUCUAUUGCAGACAUCCAUUUUUUUUAUUUUAUUUUACAGUGUACUCACUUAAAAGUAAAUCAAAAGGUUGAUUGUCCUUCUAAAGACUGUUUCAGAACAGUGUAUACUCAACUUUCAAUGCACACAAAAGUAAAACACAUAGAGACUUGAAAGAAUUUUAAAUCUGAAAUAAUUGUCAGUAUAACCAAUGAUGCUUUCGAUGAAGCAGCCCAUGAAAGUCAGGGUGAGCUAGAGCAACUGGCCACUUCUGACACAGAAGAGCGAGAGGUCAUGGAAGAAGCCUGCAGUGAUCUUCAUGGUCUAGGAAAACAGCUUGAACACAAUCUAGUAUCUCUGCUAUUGAGAAUGCAAACUGUUCUUCAUAUCCCAUCACUGUACAGUAAUGUCAAGGCAGUACUUCAGAAACAUUAUCCAGAUGUGGUAAAAAGGAGGGCAGCCUAUGUGAGGAAUAAGUUUCCCCUGGUGAUGCCUAUAGAAUACGUUGUUGAAAAAGGCACAAAAACAGUUGCAUAUGUCCCCAUACAACACAGCCACAGAAACCAUUAAACAAAACUGACAUUUUAGAUAAAGCAAUGUCAGAAAUGGUGCAUGUUCCACAUCAGUAUAGUUCAUAUGACGAUAGAGAGCACUUUAAGGAAAAUUUCCUUCUUUCAGUGGAUGAGUUCACAGUUGCACUGAUACUUUAUCUUGAUUAUUUUGAAGUAGCCAAUACUCUGGGAACAUAAAAUGUGUGCGUUGUAUUGGGUUAUUGCUAAUGUACCUGCUAAAUACAGAUCAACACUAAACUCUGUUCAGCUUGCUCUACUCUGCGACACGUCCACAAUUAAACAGUGUGGAUAUGAGAAAGUUCUGCAACCUCUUAUCCAUGAUCUUGUCUCAUUAGAAUAGCAUGGUGUUGAUGUAGACAGUUUUGUUUGUAGCAGCUGAUAACCUUGCGGCCCAUUCAAUUGCAGGUUUCCAUGAGAGUUUCACAGUAAACACAUUUUUGAGUCUGCACGGCAUCCAGAGUUGACAUUCAGCAACAACAGGUAAGGUUUAUCUGGUUUAUUUCAUCUCGGGGUUAAGGGCUGUCAUGGCAGUCAUGUGCAAGAGGUGAUGAAAGACUCAAGCUAAAGUGAAAACUCUGGGGUGAAAGGGCACUGUCCUCUUACUAAAAGUCUGAAACACUUCCAUGAGGUCAUGGGUUAACCUCCGGACAUUUUACAUGAUGUCUUGGAAGGAAUUGUCCCCGUUUCGGUGUCUCUGUGUCUGACAGACCUGAUUGCGUAUUUUACCAAAACAUCACUAUGUGGAACAUUACCCUCACCUGAUAAAGAAAUUGGUCCUUUGGCUGAGGUUUGGACUAUGCGCUUUGAGGGUAAACAUAAAUUCUUCAAAAAAGUAGUCAGAGUGCUCCAGAAUUUUAAAAAAGGUGGCGCUGACUCUUCCUACAAAACACCAGAAAGCACUCAGCUACUAUUUGGACUGUGCCUCAUUUUUCAGGCCAGCAGUUGAUGUGGCAAAGGUUGCAAUGGUCCUGGUUACAUUUAGUACUCUCUCAAAACAUAAGCACUACUGGGUCAGUGCUUGUUGCAUCAUCGUUCUGCAUCGACAGAAUCAAGUAUAACAUAGAUGCGAUGCUCUGUAUUGGUUCCUGUUCAGGUCUCCCUGAAUUUGGUCACAUUGUACCAAUUGUUGCAGCUAACCCAGACAUUUUGUUUGUCUGCAAAAAAAAUGACAGCAUGGUACCAUGAGCACUUUGGGUCCUACGAGCUAUGCUACACUCACGGCUCUGAUUUAAAUGAUGUCUUUCCACUGUCAGGAUACAAAGUACAGGGGAAGCUUAUAGUAACCCUCAAGCGACUUGUUAUUUGCUAAAACUGUCAAUGUUUCUUUUUUCCUCAGAUGGUUACAAAACAGAAGCUGAUGAUGAGAGUUAUUUUUUGUGAGGGGGACAUAAAUAAUUAACUGGUUUAAGGAACAGUUGAACCUGAUUACAACUUCACUUUACAGUAUGAGGACACUGAAUUCAACAAUGCACUGUGUAACCUUACAGACAUUUCUGACCUCCCUGAGAAACUUAUCAUCCAAAUUAUUCCUGUCCUUGAUCUCAUCCCAGUGCCACAAAGUGAAAUAAGCAGUGACAUGAGCAGCCAACCUGACACAGAGAUCUUCUUUACCUCAUCUCUUGAGGGUCGAAAAGAGUUAUCCUGAAGUAUUUGACAUUCCAAAGUUUCCUGUAGACGUAGAAUACAAAAUCCGCCAAAAGGAAAUAUCAUGUAUCUUCGUGAUGCCACUUACCUGAAAGUGACAAAAGAUAUGAAGCAUGAUAUUCUUGAGAAGCUUGGGGACACAAUCUAUGGCUACAAAGGUUACCCAACGAAAGAGGUGUUUGAAGUUUUUGCAAAAGCCUUGGUAACAGAACACCCCUGCCUUAAAGAACAAGGCUCAUCAUCUGGCUGUCAGGGAUGGAUAAUGGCCUUAAAUUCAAAAUGAGGAAUUACAGAACGAAAAUGCGCCUGCUGGGACGGGCUGAUGUAACAGUUAACGGCGAUAAACGUGGAAAAAACAAUGCUGAUGGUGAGUCUUCUCAUAAAAACAUAAAGAAGCCAAGAAAAGGGGGGAUCAAUGACCUUCCAGAUUUUCCAGAGGGAACGGGUGUUGUGUGGCUUGAAGCUGUUUGAGAGACCAUAGUCAAUGAAAUGCAGAAUAAAAACCCAAAUGAUUCUCUUAUUUGAAAAAACAUGGACAUCACAUUUGCCCUUAGAAGGGAGGAGGUUGUAAAGCAUGAGCCUGACAUUAGCCAGAUGGUCCAACGCUGGCCAGCGCUUUUCACUGAAAGCCAGGUUUGUGAAAGUGUCCUUUGAAUUUAUUGUCUUUUUUUGUGUUACAUACAUUAUUGGACAACAUGUGCAGAGGGAAUUAUUAGUGUUAUAAGAAACUCUAUUUCAUAUUUUUCAGGUGUACUUGGAGUUAAACAGGGUUGUUGGUAGAAAUUUUAAAGAAGAGUUGUUCGGUGGUCUUGAUGGUUUGUGUCUUGAUGGUGGGACAGGCAAGCGGUCAGCUGACCUGGGACAACAGACAACGCACUGAGCCAACAGCCAUUAGAUGCCUUGUCCUGAGAGGACUCCAGUCAUUCUUGGGAAUGAUGCGUUUGUGUUCUUUAAGAGCAGUUUGGAUCUUAAUGAGACUCUGUGGACAUUCCUGUGGGAAUCCUCUGCUAUGAGGACACCAGUGCUGCAAGCAGCCGGGAUCAUCCUAGAGAGCAGCCUUAUAAUGAAGGACUCACCGACCUCCCUCAGACAUUGUGAACCUUGUUUGGCUUUACCUACGCACUCCACCUGCAGUACCCCAAGUGCUUAAAAAACACAUUCACCUUCAUUCAGCAGGUGAUGCUAAAUCUGGGUCGAAGUGAGCUACCUCCCACACUGUAAGAUGUAAUUAGUUGGCUUCACUCAAAAAAUAUGCAAACUCAUUUCCUAAACUAACUGAGUUAAGAAAACUUGAUUAAGUAAGUACAUCUAACUUAUUAAGUGUGCAGUACUUGCGGGAACUUGUUUAUAAUGAGUUUACUAUACUUAACUGACUUGGGUUUUUUGAGUUCACAGCUCUUGAAUUAACUUGCCUGUUAUGAUUGUAUUAUACUUAAAAUACCUAAUUUAUUGUACUUUUACUGUACUGAAAUAAACUUGUCAAUUCUGAGUCUACAUUACUUAAAAUAACUUUGUUAUCAUCUCUUAAUUUGAAAGAAAAAAUACUGUGAAAAUGAAUGUCAUCUGCAUUCAAUUUAUUUCAAACAUGCACGGAAUUAACAGUAUGCAGAUUUAGUGCUGACAAUUUUUGAUGGAUUAUUUGCUGGCCACAUUAUCCAACAUAUCAAACUUCUUUUAAACAUUUAACACCUGCAUCACAAGAAGGCUCCAUGGUAAAAGCGCUGAACAGGUCUGAGUAUCAAUUGAACAAUAAAAUGUUUUCACUUCACUUUUAAACAGUUCAAACCUCUCUUCUCUGUCAUAAAAACAUAAACAAUAUGCAGAUUUAGUGUGAAUCUUAACACAGAAUGUAUUUCUACGGCCUCAUCUUUUGUUGUCUCCUGCAAAGAAACAAACAUUAAUCAGCAAAACAAUUUGUAGUCAGGAAGUAUUUGGAUAGUUAGACACUACGAUCAUCAUAAACUAUGGGGGCAGUGAGAAUACCAGGUAAACAUGCUAAGAUCACACUUCAUACUAUUUCAUAUAACACUGAGUGAAAUCCAUAAAUCCUCACUGUAAGACAAAGAGUACUUUACUUGAAAACAAUAUAUUAAAGCAGAAACCAAGUGAACAUGACCCAUAUACCGCCUCCCUUCCCCCACCCGCAUGGUUUCACCUCAAGUACAUUAGCGAUAACAACAAGCACCUAAUUUCACUGAUAUUUUAGGAUUUUGCAACUUUAUUUUACGUUUGACAAGUCGUGGGAUGCGAGUAUGUCCUUGCAUCUCCAAGCGAAGUUCUAAGAAAAUAACCACCCCCACCCCACCCCCCAGCUCUAGACUUGGUAGCACUGCUACACAAAUGCGCCCUGUAACCACUAAUCUCUUGUUUAUGACGGAUAAGACUACACCGAGACACACGUCGUACAUCGUAUAUACAUAAGAGAUCAUGUUAUCCAUCGCUCUACUGAUUGCUUUCUCGCCGAUUUCAUUUCAUUUCAAAUGCACUGGCCGGUAGGACGGUUAGCAAAACAGUGGAAAAGCACACAGACUUGCAUAGUUCCUCUUUUAGUCAAGCAUGGACUCACCAAAUCAAUGUUCCAAGCAGCAGCUAAAUGCUAAAACCGUAAAUUUAAAUGACGAUCGCUGCAGCCCUGUCCAAGUCCAACGAAACGCGCCAAGAGGCAGGUGGUUGUUGACCUGUGCAGUGAGCAUGUGCAAACGUUGAAACGUACUCUUGAAAAGGUGCAAGUUCCCAGGACUUGGUUUUUCUAAAUGAAAACAACUUCAGCAUCUGAGUUUGAAAGGUUUUUCAACCCCAAAGUACAAGUAAAUUAUUGAAAAUGAGCUUAGUAACAUGUGAUACUUCUUGUACUGCACGUGUCUAGUGUUGUUCGUUUUACUGAAAUAAUUCUACAGACACACUUUAGAAAGUUGCAUUUUUUGUUGUUGUUGUUGUUGUUGUUGUUCCUAAUGCCUGCUUCUGUGUGUGGCACACAAAGCCUACAGUUUUUACUUUUGCACUUGCAGUAUGCUGCUACGUUGUCAGUGUUGUUGUUUUUUGUUCAUGCUUGAAAAUUGUUCACAAAGCAAAGAAAUUAAAACUAUGCUGUGAUUGUAUUUGGAAGGAAAUCCUUUCCUAAUUCAAUACACAGGUUCUGUUUGCUGCAUCAUAGAAAGGUACUGUAAGGUCAUAUCUGCAGCAAAAAGUAAGAAUAUACUGUUAACCCUAAGACCAUUUUAAUAAUUUUAUGAAAACAAUAACUCUGUUAUUUUGGAUCUACAUCUAGUGUUUCACACAGUGUCAUUGUUAAUACAUAUAUAUUGCUCUGAUGUGUGUCUAAAUAAAAUAAAUAAAAUGUACAUGCAUUGUGUGGUCAUUGACAAAAGAAUAAUUUAAUUGGAAGUAAUUAUCCCAAAUACAUAUAUAUAUUAAAAUGUAAUAUAUUAAGUAUGUAUUUGACUUACAAUAUUAAGUUUUGACUAUUGUACUUUUAAGUAGACUCCACUGUACUUUUCUUUUGUGAUUACGUAAACCAUUAAGUGUAUGUAAUGUUAAAUUCUGACUUCUGUACAUUUAAGUUGACGAUACUUAAACAGAUGAAUUUUUUCUACUGUCAGUAACUUAAAGGUUAAGUACAAUCAGCUUAUCCGGGUUUACAGUGAUUCUGUCUGACGUCAUGUCCUCGUACCUCUGACCCCUUAAACUUGGACUUGGACUCAGUGUGUAAAAGGUUCGUAUUUCCUAUGAGUGAUGUUGACCUGACUACAUUUUGGUAUUUAGAGAUGUUGAAUGGGUUGGAGAGCCAACAUGUCGAACUGACUAGUUGUAUCAGUGGUUAUUUCACCACAGUUAUUUAUGCAGAAUAUGCUUGUGAUCUAAACAAGUAAAAAGAAGAGACUGAACGUUUUCAGGUUUUCAAGCUCAGAAAAAUUAAGAAAUAAUAUUUCCACCAGCAACAGUUUCAGGUCGUGAAACAAGUCAGUGAAAAGCUCAAACACAUGAACUGUUCAACAUCUCUACUCACAGGCCUUUGACAGAUUAGCUACUGAUUGGCUACUGACCUUGUCUUUGCCUGGUUGUUGUCUUGGUGACAGGAAGACAUUUGACGGGACGGUGAGUCGGUUCAUAACAGGUUCAGGGAGGAGGAUGAUGGCGUAUCGCAGAGCAGACGGUGGCCUGGUUCAUAUCGGCCCAGAAACUGAUGAGGAGGAGGAGCCUCUGUUCAGAGCUAUCAGUUUAGGUGACAUAAGGAAAGUCAAAACACUGGUGAUGAGUCCAGGGACGAACCUGAUGCUGCCGAGUAAACCGGGCUGGCUAGCGGUUCACCAGGCAGUGUGGUACGGCCAGGACACAUGUCUGAGAGUGCUGCUGUCAGCUCAGCCGGGGAUGACCAACAAGAGGACAGAGCGCGGGGAGACGCCGCUGAUGAUAGCCGUCAGCAAAGAGCAGUUUCGAUGUGUUGAGGUUCUGCUAGAAUAUGGAGCUGACAUUGAGGUGACAAACCAUGAUAAAGAGACUCCACUCUACAAAGCCUGUGAGAGGAACAAUGCUGCCAUUGUGGAGUUACUACUGAGCCACGGAGCUGCAGUGAACACUCGCUGUAUUCAGGGCUGCACGGCUCUGCAGGAAGCUGUAAUUCGAAACAAUGUGGAGAUCUGCGAAAUGCUGCUGAAGGCUGGAGCCAAGCUCAGUCUCACCAACGAGUACGGCAUCGCGCCGCUCUUCACCGCAGCACAGACUGGGCAACUUGCUACGCUGCGCUUCCUCCUCAAACAUGGUGCAGACAUUAACAGUCAAGCAGCUGAUGGAGCAACAUCUUUGUAUGAAGCUGCUAAAAAUGGACACGAGGAAAUUGUUGAGUUCCUCAUUUCUCAGAAUGCUGAUGCCAACAAACCUGGAAAGACGGGACUGUUACCACUCCACAUCGCGGCCCAAAGAGGAAGUGAAAUGAUUGUCUCCAUGUUAAUCGCACCCACCAGUCAAGCCAGAGUGCGGAGAACUGGUAUCAGUCCGCUGCAUCUGGCCGCUGAACGUAACCGUGACGAUGUCUUGGAGGUCCUGAUUGAAGCUGGCUUCGACGUCAACGCUCAGCUGUCACAUGACCGGUCCAAACUGUACGAGGACCGCCGCAGCACCUCACUCUACUUUGCAGUCAUCAACGGAAACAUCGAAGCUGUUCACAUGCUCCUUGCUGCCGGUGCGAAUCCCAACCUGGACGUGUUUAAGCCUCUGAUGGUGGCAGCCAGGAUGGGCUGCGUCCAGACCGUCACCCUGCUGGUGGAACACGGCGCUGACAUCAACGCCACCAUCCCCACCCACCCCACCACCUUCCCCGCUGUAUACAUGUUCUCCAUGAAGUACCUGCCUCUGUUCAAAUACCUGCUGGACCACGGAGGCAACGCCCUCUCCUGCUUUGACUGUGUGUAUGGCAGCCGACCUCAUCCUCCAAUCAAAACCACCCGUGCAGAGAGGGAUGCCGACCAAGUCUUCCCAGAGAGGGGCGUCCAGUUCUGUGAGAUGAUCUCCGUCCCCAGUAUCUGUCGGUGGGCGGGGCCAAUAAUUUCCGUCCUAUUGGAUUACGUUGGUCAUGUGACUCUCUGCUCCAGGCUGAUGGAACACCUGGACAGUUACUCUGAGUGGAGCAGCAUCAAGGAAAAAGCAGCGCCACCACGGCCUCUUCUGCACCUCUGCAGGCUACGGAUUCUGCAGCUGGUUGGACGUCGAAGCUUGAAGAGGCUCCUGCUGCCUGGAGGUCUCCUUCGCUUCCUCCAACAUCAGUAGGUGUGUGAGGAUGACUACUGAUGACUACUGGUCCCCUCGUAUUGAUCAGUUACGUGAUAGAGACAGUCAAACACCCGGGAGAAUGUGUGAGUUUUAUUUGGUUUAGAUCAGCAGGAUCCAUUGAUGGUCGAAUGAUUAUCGACUGAUGGUUGUUCAGUCGACGCUAAAAGAGAAAAGAGAAGAGGAAGCUCCUUCAGUGAAACAUUCAGUGUGUUGAUUCUAUGACUGAUGAAAAUGAUGAGGACUGCAGCAUGUGAACCCAGACUCUGAGGAUUUAUCAACAUUCACAAUGACGCCACGGUUUCUUUGUGAGACAUUAAUCAGCUGAUUGUCGCCACGGCAGCAGAAACAGAUGAUGUCAUGUCUUCCUGUGUCAUUAAAUCAGCAGCAGUUCCCACUUGUCUCUAAUAAUUAAUCUGAGCAGAUCAAUAAUCCACAUUAACGAGGAUAUGAUGACGACCUUCCACAACCUCAGAUCAUAAACCACAUUCAGACGGAUCGAGUUGAUGAGUUAUUAAUAUGCAUUGUCUCAUCUAAACCUCUGUAUUUGAUUUUGUCCAUCAGCUUUUCUGUUGGCCUCCCAUAGGUUGACUCUGACCACCUGUCUCUUCUCUUUAUUCAAACUCAUUUUGCUGCAUGUUGUUAGUUUAGUUUCCUGCUUUGUGGCAUCACUCAGGUGGAGACCCCUGAUUGGUUGAUUUAAUAGGACAUAACCAUGUUCAAGUCAUGGAACAAAUAAAAGAACAAAUAAAAUAAUAAUAAUAAAAAAACUGUUGGUG